AUGGAAAAAAUUGUGGAGAUUAUUGAAGGGUUAAGUAACCCUGAUAGCCGUAUACGAACUGAAUGCGAAAAUACCCUAAACUAUUACAAAAAGAAUGAUUUAAAUAAUACAGUAUUAUCAAUAUUGAAAUUAUUAAAAAGCCACAAAAACAGCCAAGUAAGAUUACAAUGUGCAAUAUUAGUACGUAAUUUAUUUCGAGGAUAUAUAAAAUCUCCAACUGGUGAUAUAAUGGAUAAAGAUAAAGUCGAUGAUAAUUCAAUCUUAAAUGGUGAAGAAGAAAAUUAUUGGGAUUUAUUAUCUAACAAUUUAAAAAAUAUAGUUAAGUCUGAACUUAUUAGUAAUAUAGGUAUUGAAACUGACAAAAUGGUGAGAAGUAAUUUGUGUAGUAAUAUAAUAGAUCUUUCAUCAAAAUUGCUUAUAAAUAAUGAAUGGCCAGAAUUAUUAUCUGUUACUUUUGAAUUCUGUAACUCAAAUAACAAUAAUGACGUAUUAAUAAGUGGGUAUAAAAUUUUAGGAGGUAUAUUAAAUUGUAUACCUGAUGAAUUGCAUGGUAAAAAUGAAAUGAUAUCAUCAAUUUGUAUGAAAGGGCUAAAUUCACCAAGUGUACAAGUUAGAAGUGAAUGUAUUAAUUUAAUUUCAUGUAUAGUAGAAGAUAACAAUUCCCCAUUAAUUAAAUGCGUACAACCAUGUAUUCCUUUAAUUUUACAAUCUCUAAGUUUAAUGGUUAAGAAUAGUGUAUCUGAUGUUGCUGUUUUAGAUGAAUGUGAAAAAGUCUUGCAAUCAAUAGGAAAAAUGAUAGAUUAUAAUGCAAAAUUUUUUUCUAAAUAUAUUUCAAAUUUAUGUGACAUCUUAUUUGAUAUAUGUAUGAAAAAUGAGAAUGAAUUAAACUACGAGUUUGAUAACAGUUUAAAAUCUUUAAGUAUUGAAGCACUUAUAACUAUACCAGAAAGAAGGCCCAAAACAGCUUUAUCGGUUCCUCGUUUUUUAGAUAAAAUUAUUAAUGUAUCAUUAUUAUUUAUGCUUGAUAUUAACAACGAUUGUUUUAAUGAAUGGAUGAACUCACUAAAAGAAAGUAAAGAUGAAAAUCAAGAAUUAUAUGAUAUAGGUGAGGAAUCAUUAGAUAGAGUUGGUAAGGCAUAUAGUGAAUUAUCAGAUGAUUCUGAAUUUAUUCAUAUAUUAUAUAAUAAAGUAUCUGAAUAUUUAAUGAAAAACACAUGGGAACAUAAAUAUGUUGCAAUAAUGGCUAUAGCACAAACUAUUGAGUAUUUACCAGAAGAUGAAAUAGAAGAACAAUUAGAAAAUGUUAUCAAAAUGUUAUUACAAGUUUUAUUAGAUCAAGAUGUCAGAGUUAGAUAUGCUGCAUGUCAAGCAAUUGGUCAAAUAUCUUUAGAUCAUCAACCAUAUGUCCAAAAAGAAUAUCCAAGACAAAUUAUUACUUCAUUAAUUUCAACUAUGAAUGACGUUCACUUAAGAGUACAAUCUCAUGCAACAGCAGCAUUCGUAAAUUUUGCAGAAGAAUUAGAAAAAAGUGCAUUAUUACCAUUUUCUGACAUGAUUAUAGAAAUCCUUUUACAAAAAUUGAACACUACAAAUUAUUUAUUAGUUCGUGAGCAAGCAGUCACAGCUAUAGCAGUUAUUGCUGGUGUCAUAGAAGAAGAUUUCUUAAAAUACUACCCUACUGUUGUACCUUUAAUGAAGGAAAUAAUACAAAAAGCCGUAUCAGAGGAAGAAAGAACAUGCAGAGGUAAAGCAAUUGAAUGUAUAUCAAUAAUAGGUUUAUCUGUCGGUAAAGAAAUAUUUAUUGAAGAUGCAAAAGAAUGUAUGAGUGCAUUAUUACAAAUAAGUAGCACAAAAAUGGAUCCUGAUGAUACAGUAAAAGAAUAUAUACAAGAGGCAAUUGGUCGUAUAUGUCGUGCCUUAGGAAAUGAUUUUUAUCCAUAUCUUAGCAGUAUAGUACCAACUAUAUUAUCUCUUCUUUCUAUAUCACCAAAACCUUUAGUUGAUGACGAUGACGAUUUAACUAUUACUAUGGUUUCUAAUGGACAAUAUGUAGGAUUAAAAACUUCAUUAUUAGAAGAUCAAGAAAAGGCACUUGAUUUAUUAAUUAUUAUUAUAGAAGUAUUAAAAGAAAAUUAUAAAGAAUAUAUAGAAGCUACAGCUAGUGCUAUAUUACCUAUGCUUAAUUACGAAUUAUCAGAUGAAAUAAAACAGAAAGCAUUAUCAGCUGUUAGUGAAUUAAUUGAAGCAGCAAGAAUAAUAUCAGAGCAAACAGAUAAUAAUAAAUCUAUGCUAUUAGCUAUACUUACAACAUCUGCUGAGAAAGUAUUAAAAAGUUUAUCAGAUACAAAAUUAGAUGACAAUUAUGAAUAUGUAUUAGAUAUAAUGAUUAUUGAAUCUAAUGGUUUAUACAUGUGCUUACAAAAAGCCGGUGCUAAUAUAUUACCUAACAAUACAUUAAAAAUGUUUUUCAAUGAAAUAUUUAAAUUAUUACAAUACUCAACUGAUAGAAGAGUUAUUUAUAAUCAAAAAAAAAAUAAUGAAGAUGUCGAUGAUGACGAAUUAUUAAUUAUAGAUAGAGAAGAAGAGUUAGAACAAACAUAUAGAACCAACUUAUUAGAUAUAUUGGGAGUAUUAAUAAAACACCACACAAAUCAAUUCUUAAGUACAUGUUGUGAUAUAUGUAUUACAUUUAUAAAUAAUUAUUUAAACUCACCACAUGCAGAAGAUAUUGCAUUAGCUUUAUAUGUUUGUGAUGACUUAUUAGAAUUUUUACAAGAUAAUAGUGUUUGCUUAUGGGAAUAUUUUAUGAACCCAUUAUUAUUAAAUAUUAACCACUCUGAUCAUAAAGUUAAACAAGCAGCAUGUUAUGGUGUUAUACAAGCAAAUAAAAUAGAAGCCUUUGGUAAAUAUGCAAAUUUGGCUGUAGAAUAUUUAUUAAAAUUAUUACAUCAAUCUGGUCCAUCUAAAAAACCCAAGGAAUACAUAUCUGCUAUUGAUAAUGCUGUAGCUGCAUUAGGAGAUAUUGUCUUAAUGCAUACAUCCAAAUUCAAUAAUGCAGAAGAAUUAAUUAAAUUAUGGUUGAAUAAUUUACCAAUUAAAGAAGAUGAAUCAGAAGGAAGACGAGUACACAAAAACUUAAUCGAUCUUGUUUCACAAAAUCACCCACUUUUAUUCGGAAAAGAUAAUUCAAAUAUUGGAAAAAUUAUAGAAAUAUUCUUAUCAGUAUAUGAAACAGAUUUUUCUGAUUCAGAUUGUAACAAAAAAAUAGUAUCCUUAAUAAGUUCUUUAGACCAAUCUUAUUUGAGCAACUUGGCUUCCUCAUCUCUCACCAACAAACAAUCUAAAAAAUUAAAUCACAUUAUGAAUGCCUCUAGAAAGUAA